UUCACUCCUCCUCCUCUGCAUGCAGUCCGACUGUGGUGGGACAUUCAAGCCUAACCAUGAGCAAGAACACUUUGUUAAAAAAUGAAGAGCUUCAGAGGGGAGAGUACCUGAUGUCCAACAAUGGAAGGUGGAAGGCCGUUCUCCAGGAUGAUGGUAACUUUGUCCUCUAUGAUGACGGCAAGGUUGUUUGGGCUUCUAACACUCACGGGUCAGAUGGUUAUCGCCUGUGCAUGCAGCCCGACUGCAACCUGGUCAUUUACAACAGGGGUAACGUUCCCAAGUGGGCCACAAACACCUACCAGGCCAAAGCAGUCCAGAUGUGCCGUGUAGUGCUGACCGACGAAGGCAAACUGGAGCUGUACAGGGAUGAACAAAUUUGGAGCUCUGCUGACUCCCAUGGCACAAAAUUAUAAAAUGAUGUCAAUAUUUUGAAAUGAAUGCUCUGCCCUGGAAAGUCAUCUCUGGAUGUCAGUGUUGAUUACAGUUAACCUGCCUACUAUGUCAUCUGGAGUCAAAUAAAAGCACAUUUUCAUGACGUU